AUGAACGAUCCAGGUUUUGACCCAGCCAUUGCCGAAACAGCAGACAACGUCGAAAGCGGCAAACAAGAUGGCUCAUCAAUGCACAGCGUGGGAAAAGAUGAUCCGGAUACGAGCCUCCGUUGGGUGUCGGCAAACAGAGAGCUUUCAGAGUUCUUACAGCCUGUGAAAUGGUGGUACGCGAGCACUGAGAUCCCGCUCAUCGCAGCAACUAUUGGGCCCAUGGCCAGUGCCUUCAAUAUUUGUUCGCUGGCAGAUCGGUGGAGACAGAUCACCCAGCCAGGGAAAUCGCCAGUAGACUCUAUACACACUUUGGCUGACCCUACACGUGUUGUUGCGAUGAACUCGGCAUCGCUCGCGGCGGCCUUGGUGGCCAAUUUUUGUUUGCUUAUGACCAUGACCAAGCGAAUGCCGUUUAACAUCGCGCAGCCCAUUGUUAUCGUUGGAUGGUACUUAUCAUCCGUUUUACUGGCCGUUGUUCUCAUCACCACGCUUUACAGUGUACGGUCAGAGCGCCAGACCACACCAGGUCUAGAGUUUACGGAAGCCUACUAUUACGCCGCCAUCGCUGCUGCUCUCUAUUUCGUGCUGUCAACUAUGCUUAUCGUCACCGUCUAUGGGGCAUUCAAGGGCCACUACAGUCCUGAGUUUCAUUUGACCAAGAGCCAGCGAACUUUGAUGGUUCAGAACACUGGGUUUUUGAUGUACCUAAUGGUAGGGUCAGCGAUCUAUGCAAACAUUGAAGGAUGGCGGUUUACUGACGCCGUGUGGUGGUCUGAUUUUACCAUCCUCACCAUUGGCAUCGGGUACCCAUCCCCCGCGACUCACCUGGGACGUGGUCUACUUUUCCCAUAUGCCAUUGGUGGAAUCCUCAUUCUCGGUAUCGUUGUCAGCUCAAUCAGAUCACUGGUUAUGGAACGCGGAAAGACGAAGAUGGGCAGUCGUUUAGUCGAGAGAACGCGUCGAGCUGGUGUGAAGAGGAUGAUGUCCAAAUAUGCUCAUGGCGAUGAGAAGAAUACCAAGUUUUGGGAUUUCAAUCCCUUUCGGUUGCAUAUGGAUACUGGUGACUACCAAGACGAAGAAAUAGACGAAGAAGAGCGCCGUAGACGUGAGUUCCAGGCCAUGCGCAGGGUGAGGCGGAUCGCGCAUGUGCAACAUCGCUGGCUAUCGCUUUUGACAUCAACCAUGGCCGUUGCUAUCUUGUGGCUCGUGGGGGCGCUCAUAUUCCAACAUGCUGAAGGCACCCAACAAUGGUCUUACUUCCACGGUUUAUAUUAUGCCUAUACUACUUUACUCACAAUAGGAUAUGGAGAUAUAUAUAACAUAUCCAACUGGGGACGAGCCUUUUUCGUUUUUUGGUCUUUGCUAGCUGUCCCUACAAUGACUAUUUUCAUUUCAAAUCUGGGAAAUACAGUUAUCAUCGCAUUCCGAGAUUUUAUGAACUAUAUUGGUGAAAUUACGUUUUUACCCGGCGAGCUAGGAUACAGAGAGCGGUUCAAACAGUUCUACAAGCAAACAAAAGCCCUCAUCCUCUUAUCCGGAGAGGAAGAACCAGCGCCGAAGUCAGCAACUGCCAAUGACAACGGGGAUGGACCCGUAGCCCAUGCAGAAGAGGUGCUCGCAGAAGCACAACUUGAAGAAGAGGAAGAAGCGCGACAACGCGGUGAUAUCGUUGCAGAGAACAUUCAUCACCAUCAAUAUAUACUCAUCAAGGAAAUACGACAGAUGUACCACUACGUGAAUGCUACGCCACCAAAGGAAUUUGAGUACGAAGAAUGGGUGUAUUUCCUCAAGCUUCUCGGCGAGGAAGAAACAUACAGCGAGCGUCAUCGGAAACCGUACAGUAGCAAUCCAAAGGAUGAAGAGGAAAGAAAGAAAUGGAGUUGGAUUGGUCACCGGAGUCCGCUCUUGGGAGAUAAGCAGGAGGCUGAGUGGCUAGUGGAGGCUUUGUCAGACAAGCUGGAGAGAGAGUUGAAGAGCCUUAGGGACGAGAAGCGAGACAUCAAUUAUCACCGAAGAAGUCAACAUCUAAGCGGUUCUGAUAAACAAUAG